AUGCUUUAUUUUAAUUACACAUUUAUUAAUUUUGAAAUGAUUUAUUCUCAGUAAACAUUAUAAGAGAACAAAGAAAUGGAUUUACAAGGUAUUGAUACUUCUGAGCACCCUUUAGCUCAAUUAUAAUCCUUGAAAACUCGGUACAACCAAGAACGAUAAGAGUUUGUGCUUUUUAUGCAAGAGUACAUUGUAGAUUGCCUUACUUAUGAAAAUCAAGAGAUUGGAGAUGAUGUUGUUUAAACAAUAAAAAAUAUAUGUUAAAAAAUGGUGCUUAAACCCUUAUGGAAUUAUGAAGAUUUAAUUGUGGAAUUAGAGCAGCAACUAGAGACCUAGACACGUAUGCAAACACUUUCUAUUUUUAAUAUUUUUAGACGAUUAUAUCGUAUUGAAUUAAGUCAAUUUAAUCAUUUCCAGUUUCGAUGCAUAAUACUAAAACAAGUUUAAUUAAAUAAGUACCCACUGUCUGUAGACACUAAAAAGCCUAUGUUCUACAGAGAAAAGGUAAUUAAAGAGGAUGAGCCUUUAUAUUGA